UCUUUAUUCCGUAUCGUUCGCGCGGCCUAGCUCCAGCUUGACGACGAUCGCCGACACCCUCUGCGACCUCGUCAUCGCUGCCAUGGGCCCCCGUUAGCCGACACCUGCUGCCAAGAAGGUGUAUCCGGGAUCGAUGAACCAAGCCAGCCCGGCAUUGUCUUGGUCCCGCCGCUAGGAUCCCGCCGGGAAGGCAGCAUGAAUCCGUCCGAGUCGCAGCAAAAUCUGCUCGCGAACGAGGCGAGAGCGUCGUCGGAGCAGUCGAUACCGCCGCCCGUGGACUACACUCUUGGCCCAGUUGAGAAGCACUUCCUGCUCAGCGCGGAACGAGGUGAUUGUGCCACUGUCAAAAGGUUGCUGGAGGAGAACAAGGACCACCCGGAGAUCCUGAACAUCAACUGCGUGGAUCCUCUGAACAGAUCGGCGCUGAUCGCCGCGAUCGAGAACGAGAACAUCGAGCUGAUCAGACUGCUUCUGGAUCUGGGGAUCCAAGUGAAGGAUUCGCUCUUACACGCCAUAAAGGAGGAGUACGUGGAGGCUGUUGAGAUCCUGCUGGAAUGGGAGGAGAACAACCACUUGGCUGGGCAGCCUUACAGCUGGGAAGCCGUCGACAGAUCGUCGUCCAACUUCACCCCCGACAUAACACCGUUGAUCUUGGCCGCACACAAGAACAACUACGAGAUUUUGAAGAUUUUGCUGGACCGCGGGGCGACCCUGCCCAGCCCGCACGACGCCAGAUGCGGCUGCGACGAGUGCGUGUCAUCCAGCGAGCAGGACUCCCUGAGGCACUCUCGGGCCCGCAUAAACGCGUACCGGGCCCUCACGUCUCCGUCUCUGAUCGCCCUGUCCUCGAAGGAUCCUCUUCUGACGGCGUUCGAGCUUUCCUGGGAGCUCCGACGACUCAGCCAAAUGGAACAGGAAUUCCGUUUCGAGUACAACGAGAUGCGAGAGCAGACGCAGACUUUCGCCACGUCGCUGGUCGAUCACGCGCGCACGUCCCUGGAACUGGAGAUAAUGCUGAAUUAUAAUCCUCACGGCGAGAACUGGGAGCCCGGGGAACGACAGACGCUGGAACGGCUCAAGCUCGCGAUCAAGUACAAGCAGAAGCAGUUCGUGGCCCAUCCGAACGUUCAGCAAUUGUUGGCCGCGAUUUGGUACGACGGAUUGCCGGGAUUCAGGCGUAAAAGCAUGAUCGGACAGCUGAUCGAUGUUGGAAAACUGGGAGCCAUGUUUCCGGUGUACAGCUCGAUCUACAUGGUCUCGCCGACCUCGCCGAUGGGCCAGUUCAUGAAGAAGCCGUUCGUCAAGUUCAUCUGUCACUCGUCCUCCUACGCGUUCUUCCUCAUGCUGCUCGGAAUGGCAUCGCAACGCAUCGAGUACCUGGUAAUCGAAUUGUUCGGGAACGCGUGGAUGCGCGAGAUCCUGGCCGGAUGGAAGAGACGGGAACGCGGUUGCAUCCCUGGUUUCGUCGAGAGCGGUGUCGUCAUCUACGUACUCAGUUUAGUCUUGGGAGAAAUGAGAUCGUUGUGGUCGGACGGGUUGAUCGAGUACGUAUCGGAUCUUUGGAACAUCGUGGAUUUCAUUCAGAACGUGUUUUACGUGGUGUGGGUCGUGAUGAGGCUCACGGCUUUCAUCGUGGUGCAAAGGGAAUAUUGGAGCGGCAUGGAUCCUUGGUAUCCGAGAGAUCAAUGGGACGCGUUCGAUCCCAUGCUGCUUUCGGAGGGAGCUUUCGCCGCCGGAAUGAUUUUCAGCUUUUUGAAGCUCGUCCAUAUAUUCAGCGUGAAUCCUCACCUCGGGCCACUCCAAAUUUCCCUGGGGAGGAUGAUAAUAGACAUUAUCAAGUUCUUCUUCAUCUACACGCUGGUGCUGAUCGCGUUCGGCUGCGGAAUGAAUCAACUGAUGUGGUACUACGCGGACCUGGAGAAGAUGAAGUGUUAUCACAUGAAGGACUUCCCGGAUCUGCCGGAUUUCGACAAUCAGGAGAAGGCUUGCUCGAUUUGGAGACGUUUCGCCAACUUGUUCGAGACUUCGCAGUCGCUGUUCUGGGCCAGCUUCGGCAUGAUAGACCUGAUGUCCUUCGAUCUGACAGGCAUCAAGAGCUUCACGAGAUUCUGGGCGCUGCUGAUGUUCGGCUCCUACUCGGUGAUCAACGUAAUCGUCUUGUUGAACAUGCUGAUCGCUAUGAUGUCGAAUUCCUAUCAAAUCAUCUCGGAACGAGCCGACACGGAAUGGAAGUUCGCCAGGAGCCACCUUUGGAUGAGCUACUUCGAAGACGGAGACACGGUGCCUCCUCCUUUCAACAUGGUGCCGACAGCGAAAUCGUUCAACAAGUUGUUCUCGUGCGGAAAAUCCGGUGGGAAGACAACGUCUCUGAUCAAGAAGUCGAGAGAGAAGGCGAUGGCGAGACACGAAUCGGUGAUGAGGCUGCUGGUCCGACGCUACGUGACCGCCGAACAAAGGAAAAGGGACGAGUUCGGCAUCACGGAGGACGACGUUAUGGAAAUCCGGCAGGACAUUUCUACGCUGAGAUACGAGCUGAUCGACAUCCUGCGGCAGAACGGAAUGAGGACGCCGUAUCUCGACAAGCAGGAGGCGCUGUCCGGCAAGAAGGGUCGAGUGAUGGAGCGCCGUCUGCAGACGGACUUCCAGAUCGGUAUAGUCGAGGGUAUAGUGAACGCGGUGAUCGCCAGCGAGAAGGAGCCGAGGGACGUGUUCAGUCAAAUCGCGAAGGCGAUCGGUCGCAAGUCGAGCAGCGGCAAGAAGAAGGACUGGAACGCCAUGGUGCGGAAGAACACCAUCGCCAACGACCCGAUCGGCUCCACGACCGAGGCCAGCAUGAAGGCGUCGCGUCGAAGCAUUCGCCGGCUUCAGGCCGUGAACCCUGAUCUGGCUUCGCUGGACCCGAACCGUCUGAUCGAUUACAAUCCGAACUUGUCGGAGGUCACGCCGACCACCAGGAUCGCCUACGCGAAGUUCAUGAUGCGCAGAGUCAGGAUCGACGACGAAGGAGGAUCGAUUGCGGAGAGGACGAGCGAAACCCCCGAGGGCACCGGAAACCCCAAGGUCAGCAUCCGCGAGGGCGAACCGGAUCCUCCCCGCCUGACGCCUAUGCUUCGGAAGAGCGUGCUCAAGACCAUCAGCACGAGCAGCGUGGACAAAGACAAGGACAAGGACAGGGCCAUGGACAAGACGCCGUCUUCGGAGGGUAAACCGGAGGUCAGAGUCCCGUCGCCGAUCCCCGAAGACCCCCAAGAGGACGCCGCCGCGAGCAAAUCGCCGGAAGGUGAGCAUCCAGCCGCCACCGCGAAGAAACCUGCCCCGAGUCAGCCUAAGAAAGAGGCCGACAAGAAGAAGCCGGAGGAGAAGAAAUCGGAGGACAAAAAGCCGGAGGAGAAGAAGCCGGAGGAGAAGAAGGCGGAGGAGAAGAAACCGGAGGACAAAAAGCCGGAGGAGAAGAGGUCGGAGGAGAAGAAGCCGGAGGAGAAGAAGCCGGAGGAGCAGAAGCCGGAGGAAAAGAAGCCGGAGGAGAAGAAGCCGGAGGACAAGAAGUCGGAGGAGAAGAAGCCGGAGGACAAGAAGUCGGAGGAAAAGAAGCCGGAGGACAAGAAGCCGGAGGACAAAAAGCCGGACGACAAGAAGCCGGACGAUAAAAAGCCCGACGACGAAGAGAAGAAGAAGAAAAAAGAAGAGGAGGAAAAGAAGAAAAAAGAAGACGAGGCGAAGAAGAAGGAAGCUGGCGGAGCGGCGAAAGCCGCGCCCCAAGAAGACAACGUACCGGUCGCCACCACGAAACUGAGGGGAAAGUCGAAAGCCACCGGCCAGAUUAUGGGAGGAUGGAUCUGAAUGAAUUUCGACAGGGUUUUCUUCGUUGGCUGACUCGUCUGUACCGAGACAAAUUACAUACUUACAAGGCGGAAUCUCUCUUAUUCGUAUCGGACGACGCGCGCUGUUGCUCAAAAAUUUUGGAAUCGCUGUAAAGAUCUAGACCGUUAAGGAGGAAAAAGUCGAACGAUCGAUCGCGCUGUUUUAUUGUUUCCAAUAAUUCGAACGUUUACAAACUCUUUGCUUGCUCUCACUUUAUCGAAGUAUAGAUAACAAUGUGUUCUAUGCUACACUUUUUUAACGCGGCAGUGUGCACCAAUCGUUAACGAGAGAAAACAUAAUUUAUUCCGAUCGAGAAGCGUCUCGAUUCGUGUUGUUCAUUUUUUGCAUAGAUAUCCGCUCGGAACAAGGAAGAUAACGUUAGUUUAAGAUCGAUUGUUCUCCAGAUUAUAUAUCCGAUAGUUUCUCAAGGAUGAUAUCGAUUCACGAUUCGUUGAAAAAUCAUUGACAUAUUUUUAUCUCGAAUUAUCAGCGGAUGACGGACGCGUCGUACGCGCGUCCUCUUUUUCGUCCCCUGUUUCUUCCUCGUUUACGCACGCUUGGACUGCAAACGAUUACUGCUAAUUCGCGCCAAUUCGCGGCAAACGUUUUCAAUUUCUAACGUCAGUUUCAACGAACUUGGUCUUAUCGUAUAUGUAAUUGACAACGCGGAUCGCUCGACGCAAAUCGAUAUUCUAAUUAAUGUUAUAAAAGUGUUAACGUAUCGUCGUAGAAUCUCUAGAUGAUUGUCAUGUAAUCGUAAUCGUAAUCGUAAUCGUAAUCGUAAUCGUAAUCGUACUCGUAAUCGAAAUUAGAAAAUGAAGACAAGUACAAGCGAAGCCAUCGAUUAACUCGCGCCGAUCAUCGUUAGAAAUCGCGUGUACAUUUAGCACGCUGCCAAUGCAUCGCUCGCGAAAUACAUGUCCGUCGCAGGACCGCCUAAGACGACGACCCUCUUUUUUUAAGAAAGAAAUACCAACUUGUACGUAUACAUACAUAUAUAUAUAUACACAUUAUAACGAAUUCUUAUUCUAUUCUUACUCUACAGUUUGUAACUAGAUCUGUACGUUUGCCGGUAGUAAAAAGGGAAACGUGAAUAAAAAUUCAAUAAAUUAACCGUUGCGUAAACGAA